CGAACUUUCAUGGACACACCAAAAUUAUGAUCAUCACGCCUCAUGCUCAGCGCCCACUAAGCAUUCACCCUUUGUUUCUUCUCACCAUGUUAUAUACCUUGAGCGAAGCGGGAAACUUACUUCGGGUGGGAACUUGGGGCGGCUCCAUUCGGUUUCGCUUCCGAGCAUGAAAUUCCAAAUUAGAAUCCAUGUUACCUUUCACCGCACUGAGGCGUGCAAGAAAGCACCUUAUAAUCUCGUUCAAGCACAUUUUAACAACUACCAAACUUCCCCUGUCCUUUCCUCGAAAAAGCUCUACACAUCGCUCUGUUCUUCAUGCCCACUAAAAGGCGAAAGGAUUCUGACGCGAAUCCCUCUCACAAUUUACGCCCCGAGUUUUCUCUGAAGAGCUUAUCUGCUCCCGGUGGGAUCGAGGCUGCGAUAGGGACUCUGGUCUUGGGACAGGAAAACGAUGGACUUCAAAUUCGGUGGGACGUCGAAAUGCUUUCUCGUGAGCUCACACGAGCCCCGGACGUUCUGGUUAUUUUGUUAUCAAGCAAUCGUGAUAUGCGUUCUUUCUUUUCCAGAUGGAUUCUCGACCAGUUUCCCUCCGAUCCGGGAACAUUCUCAACGUCGUGUCAUCGUUCGGUCCUCGAGGCGCUCGUAAAUGUUACUGGGAAGAUAACACCUCCCCGAGAUAUCGACCAAAGUCUGUUCAAAGAGCAUCUACGAACUGUGCCCCUCGUCACACAAGCUCUGCAAUCCAUGAAAGCGAUGCGGUUCGACGAUGAUUAUGAACCAUACACUCCAGUGAUUCCCGAGCCGAACACUCGGAAGAGACAGAAGACUCGAGGGAAAAAACGUGGUUCUGUGCAUGUAACUCAGACUGAUGUCAAGGCUCUCGAAGUUCUUCAAGUCGAAAUACCCACCUCACAAGAAGAGUGGACAUUUCUUUCCAGAGAUUUUUUGAAUUCGCAACGUAACUCCCUUCAGUUUCUGAUCGACAUACUCGGAAAGAAGAGUGUUCAGUCUAUCAUCUUCGAGUUCGUGCUAAGAGUUGUCCAAGCACCUGUCGAAUUAGCCCGGCCUCGAAGGCGCUCUGAAGCCGUUGUGCCAGCUCCCGAAAGCACUGCUGAGGAGUUCCAAUCUGACAGAAUGAAGUAUCCGACAAUCUCUCCCGAUAAAGCCAGGUACUCGUUUGAGUGGCCUGCUGAGUUUGGAGAGUGGAAUAUCUAUAUAUCUUCCACUGCAAUCAAGCACCUUCGCCAGUUUCGUCGCGCUGACAAGUCCACAUUCAAGAUUAUCCAGGAGAAGAUCAUUAAACUUUCUGAAGGGCUUUUUUCUGGUUCAAAUCAGAAGCGGUUGGAAGGUGCUCCAAAUGAUGUACCCAUUUACGAGGCGAAGAUGACGGGCGAUUUACGUCUCGUAUACCAAAUCGAUAUUGCGGUUGAUUAUGAGCGAAAGGUCGACAAGCAAAUCAUCAGAAUUUAUGGAAUCUACACUCAUGCUCAAUUCGACCAUCGUCUUUGGAGUCGCGUGGCACAAACAAUUCAAAAGGUUGAUGGAGCUUAUAGAAAUAUGAUCAAUUACCGUGUGCAGCCUCGUCAGGUUGGGGUGGGAGCGAACAACAUGACUCCGCCUCAUGUCUGGCCGCAUUCCGACGGCAAUUUCAAGUCGACCAUUACACGCGCAGAAUCAGCCUCUGCCCUCUCCGAGGAUCAAUGCUUGGAACUGCACAAGAUUCUGUCUCUCGAAAAAUUUAUUCCCUAUUCGGCGGCUGUUUUAAAUACAAUCCUUCAGGAUAUUGAUGCCGUCCAUCCAUUUUUCGUUUCGCAAGCCGAGAUGAAAAUCAUUCAACAUCCUUCGUCGUGUUUUGUAAUUGGACGAAGCGGGACUGGAAAAACCACAACGAUGGUGUUCAAAUUGCUAAGUUUCGAAGAGGCCCGCAGACAAUCGGGGUUUCUGGGUGGGUCUGGCCGGAUCCACCAAGUUUUUCUAACGCAGUCCCACGUGCUGGCUUCGAAAGUGGAAGAGUACUAUCUGCAGUUAUUGGAAGCUACGCAGAUUGGUUCUGCGCUUGUUCCGGGGAACAAGCGCGUCAAAUCAUCGGAGAAACACUUGACCGAACUGGACGAAGAGGCUGAUGAUCGACCUGACCUGCCUGACCGUUUCUCAGAACUUCAAGAUGAACAUUUUCCGUUGUUCCUUACUUAUGAUCAGCUGCGACGAAUGUUAGAGGCUGAGUAUGACAUUGCGUGGCAUCGCGGUGCCUCUCAGAAGACGAAGGCACCGGCGACGACACCUCACGUUAAGAAGCAGAAGAACCUGACAGAUCUCAUCGCCAAUGACACUCGGGAUUCGUCUGACUCCUCACCGGACACUCGUCGCGGCCAUAGUGGACUUGUUACGUUUGAAGCGUUCAAGGCUCAUUAUUGGAGCCAUAUGGAUCAGAGACAGAUCAAAGGCCUAGAUCCCGCCCAAGUUCUAAGUGAAAUUAUGGGUGUAAUCCGUGGGCAUAAGGACACCAUGAAAACAGAUGAUGGCUAUCUGACUCGGGAAGCGUACAUCGCUCUAAGCCAUCGCUCGCACUCCGCGUUCGCUUCAGAUCGUGGUCGUAUAUAUGAUAUAUUCGAGAAGUAUCAUAAGCUUAAAAUUGCUAACAAUGCGUUUGACAGUGCGGACAGGACCCACAAACUUCUUCGGAAGCUGAAUUCGGAGCUCCUUAAUAAUGCCCCUGAUGGUACAGACGGGACCCACAAUUCUCUUUGCAAAGUAGAUCCGAAGGUUGCCAACAUCGAUUUCCUCUACAUCGACGAAGUCCAGGAUUUACUCAUCAUUGAUACAAAAAUGCUUCGUGAUUUGUGCCCUAACCCACAUGGACACUUCUGGGGAGGUGACACGGCACAGACGAUCUCUGUAGGGAGCAGCUUCCGGUUUGAGGAUCUCAAGGCUUUAGUGUACCUGGAGGAGCUAAAUAACCCGCUUGUGAAAGAAGGUGCUCGCCAGGCAGUGAAAUCUGAGGUGUUUGAGCUGCUCGUGAAUUACCGCAGUCACGGCGGCAUCGUGGAGUGUGCAGCGUCCAUCAUCGACCUCCUUUCGUCGAUGUUUCCAUAUUCUAUCGACAAGCUGCAACGAGAAGCUUCCAUCGUUGCGGGACCAAAACCAAGGGUGUUUCGUGAGAAAUUAGUACAUUGGGAGCAAUUCCUCUGCGGUUCCGGCGAUACACGACUCGAUUUUGGGGCCCGCCAGGUCAUUAUUGUACGCAAUGACGAAGCCCGUGACGAAGUUCGAGCAGCCCUCGGCAAUGAGGGUCUUGUGCUCACUCUUCUAGAGAGCAAAGGCCUGGAGUUCGAUGAUGUCCUUCUGUACAACUUUUUUGGCUCUUCUCCUGCCUCGCCUGCUCAAUGGAGAGUGAUACAAUCGAAAAACGCAGAUCCUGUCAAGCACCGAGUUAUCGAGUCCGAGCUGAAACGUCUUUAUGUGGCGAUCACAAGAGCUCGUCAUCACAUCUGGCUUUGGGAUUCCAGUGAUAUUGCUGAACCAAUGCUGAACCACUGGAUAUCACAGAAUCUUGUCAGGAUACAUGACCCCUCGGAGCCUUUUCCGCAGUUGGCAACAACGUCGACCAUCGAUGAGUGGUAUUCCACUGGGAGAACCCUCUUUCCCCGUUCAUUGUUCGCUCAAGCUGCAUCAUGCUUUGAGAAGGCUCAACGUCCGGAUUCCAGAGACAUAGCUUUGGCGUAUCAGAGGAGGAAGGAUGCGCGAUCUCUGCCACUCGGUGAACAACGAUUAGUGGCUUUCAAAGUGGCGGGAAGUGCCUUUGAAGCAUGCGCUCAACUCCCUUCCGCCGGAGUACCAACGUUGAGACGCAGGGCAGGAGAAUGUUUUGCCGAGGGGGGUGAUUUCGCUUCUGCCGGUGUCAAUUUCGAAGCAGCAGGAAAUAUCACUGAUGCUGCUCUCAAUUACCACAAAGCUCAACGGCUCGAUGACGCUGCCAGACUCGUGCGACCCCCUGACGGGACAUCGUCGCUUGUGGAGGAACCUACUCGUGGGAAGAUUCUGGACAGUGUCAAGUUGCAGUUUUUGCGACGGAGUGAACUUGAACGAGCCAGCCCAUUAUUCGAUAACGCUGAUGAAGAGGUCGAGUUUGUAAACGACUAUCUACACGAACGCUCUGACCUCGUAGUAGCCAUAUACAAACAGAAGGGGAGUAUAUAGCUGCGGCAGAGAUACUUUCAAGAGAUGGUCAGCAUAGGAAGGCUGCUGAAUGCUGGGUCUCGUCCGGGCGUCCUGAUGCGCAGCAGCGUGCUGCGAGCUUCCUGUUGUGGGAACUUUGGAACAUAGCGCUCUUCGUUCCCGAUGUCGCAGUCCUAAAGGAGUCUUUUGACCUUCUCAGUGCCAUCCCCAGGAGCAGCCUCACUGAGGCUUGCACUUCAGAAGUGGACAUGUUCAAAGCCAUCGUAACGGAGGACUUAACGAGUUUAUGCAAUAUCGGUCGCGAAUUCAAAGGGAAAAAUGCCAUCGCAUUGAUAUUGUCAUUCAACCACGCACUGCGGUAUCCUUUUG